CGGAGCUGUGCAUUUCUGUUCUCAUUCUGUAAGGAGGAGGGCAGACUGCAGGAACACUAUCAAAUUGUUUUAUUCUGAAAGAGUUUAGCAUUGCUUAAGGAAACAAACGGAAGCUGGACCAGAGAAUGGCAAAUACCUAUGUCACAACGUCUGAUGGGUACUACCUCGCUGAACCCACACAGUAUUAUGAUAUUUUGCCAGAACAAUUCCAUUAUCAGCUGUGUAACACGGAUUUCCAAGAACCACCCUAUUGCCAAUAUUCCACUGCUCAGUUCCCUCCAGCAUUACAGUCCCCAUCUUUACAAAGCCAUCUCAACACACAUGGCUUGGAUCCACAGUACAGUGGUGGCGGUUGGUGCGGACUCGACGCUCGAGAAUCUAGUCAGUCCACUUAUGUGGUUGUUCACGAUGAUGAGGAUGGCUUCCCUGGGACACAGACAUGCAGACCGACUUGUUCUUUACGCUGGAAGGGACAAGAUGAGCUCUGCAUGGUCUGUGGUGAUAAGGCGUCAGGAUAUCACUACAAUGCACUUACCUGUGAGGGCUGCAAAGGUUUUUUCCGGCGCAGCAUUACCAAAAAUGCAGUGUAUUCUUGCAAGAAUGGUGGCCACUGUGAGAUGGACUUGUACAUGCGCAGAAAAUGCCAAGAGUGCAGACUGAAAAAGUGCAAGGCGGUGGGGAUGUUGGCAGAAUGUUUGCUCACAGAGGUCCAGUGUAAGUCAAAGAGACUUCGAAAGAACUUCAAGCAUGGGCCUGCCCUGUACCCUGCCACCCAAGUGGAAGAUGAAGGAGCAGACACCAAACACGUGUCAUCCACCUCUAGAUCUGGGAAAGAGGUUCAGGACAACGUGACUCUAACUCAAGAGGAACAUCGUCUUCUGAAUGCCAUAGUGACUGCUCAUCAAAAAUCCCUGAUUCCCUUAGGGGAAACAAGCACACUUCUACAGGAGUCUUCCAACCCAGAACUAAGUUUUCUGAGACUCUCAGAGGUAUUAAUCCUGCACAUCCACAGGCUGAUGACGUUUACCAAGGGACUCCCAGGAUUUGAAAAUUUAACCACUGAGGAUCAGACUGCGUUACAGAAGGAGUCAAAAACUGAAGUGAUGUUCCUUCAUGUAGCCCAGCUUUAUGGUGGGAAAGGCUCAACCUCUGGAAGUACUGUGAGACCAGCAAAGCCCUCAGCUGGGACACUGGAGGUGCAUAACCAUAGGGGUGAGGAAAGUGGUCCUUCUUCAGGAAACUUGUUCAAGGAAGGCUACCCUUUGGCUACUCUAACUGGUAUUACUAAAGAAUUUAUUGCCUCACUGUCUUACUUCUACAGAAGAAUGAGUGAACUUAAUGUAACGGAUACUGAGUAUGCUCUGCUUACAGCCACAACAGUGCUUUUCUCAGAUCGUCCAUGUCUUAAAAAUAAGCAGCAUGUAGAAAACCUACAGGAACCAGUCCUGCAACUUUUGUUUAAGUAUUCAAAACUGUACCAUCCAGAAGACCCACAGCGCUUCGCUCACCUCAUAGGGAGGCUUACUGAAUUGAGAACUCUGAGUCAUAGCCACUCAGAAAUCCUUAGCACUUGGAAAGCAGAAGACCCCAAGCUGGUUAUGUUAUUCUCUGAGAAAUGGGAUUUGCACUCGCUUUACUGAAAAUUUAGAGUGUUGAGGUUUGCCUUAAAAUUUCAAAAUCAAAAUUGGAUGAAAGAUUUGAAAAACGUGAACAAAAUCAUUGAGUUAUCACACAACAUCGCAGCCUGGAGAUCCGAGGGCUCCUUGGAGUUCCCCGAACUUUCAGCUCUUAGAAGUUGAACACUCCAGGGCUCUCCUCACGAUUGGAUGCAAAGGAGAAAAUGGAGCAGGUGGUGGCAUAGUCUCCACUCUUGAGAGACAGAGGCAAGAGGACCCCACGUUUAAGGCAGUCCUGGGCUAUGUAGCGAGACUCAUCUCAGAAGAAGAAAGGAAAGACUGACAGCCAUCGUUUUGUCUACAGUCCUCACCUACAGAAAUGAUUUUUUUUUUUUUGCUUAGCUGAAAUACAUAAUGUACAAAUGUGAACAAAGGUCAGUUAUGAUUAGGAUCAGGCAGUUUGUGUGCCUCACUGAUUAAGGACACAUGGAUGGAAUAGAAACUAAUGCUUAGAACCUCUUCUUCACGAAUGAUUAAAGAGGAACAAACCCUUUUCAAAUUGAAUCUGCUUUAUAUUUUUAAUAAGUACAUGCUAAGUGUACAGAAUGGUAGUUUUAUUAUGGAAAUUUCAUACAUGUAGACUGGAUAUUUCUAGUGUUCCCCACACUGCUGAUGCCCUUCUCACUUCCCCCCAAUAUUUCCCCUCCUCUUCCAUGCCCUAAAAAUCGAGAUUCACACAUGCAAGAAAACAUUUGAUCCCAGCCCAAGUCUGGCUUAUUUCCUUUGACAUGAAUAUCUCAUCUAUUUUUCUGCAAAUGACACAAUUCAUUCCUCUAAGGACUGGAUUGUGUGUGUAUCGUCUGUAUAGAUCACAUUUUAUUUACCUAACUGCUGAUGACACCUAGUUUGGUUCUGUAUCCUGGCCACUAUGAACCGUGCUGUAAUAAACAUGACUGUAGGUUUUGAGCUUUUAUGUGGCUCUUCAUUCCUUUAGGUGUUCUCCCAGAGGUGGUAUGGAUUAUAUGAUAACUCUAUUUUAGAUUUGAAGGA